GGGCAGCCUGGCCCCGGCGCCCGCCCGGCACCUCUCGCAGCGGCGUCUGGGCCCCCGCCCCGGCCCGGGCCUCGCCGGUGCCCCCCGGCAGGUCCCAGCGCGCUCUCGAGGGGCUGUGAGCGAUGUGGGACGCGGACGGUCCGUCAGUGCAGCGAGCGCCAGAGCUGCGUGGACAGCCGAGCUGAGCGGCCGUGCGGGGCUUCUCCCCACCGCGUAGCGACGCCUACCAAUGCUUUCUCCUUGGGAGAAUCCAGCUCGGGAGCAGUCUGGUAGCUGGAUCCCCUGGGAGGAAAAGUUGUAAAGCAUUGAGAAGAAAGCUUUUCAAUUUGGAACACUUACUUGCAACUGGAAAUGGGGAAUGGACUGUCAGACCAAACUUCUAUCCUGUCCAGCCUGCCGUCGUUCCAGUCCUAUCACAUUGUUAUUCUGGGUUUGGACUGUGCGGGAAAAACAACUGUGUUAUACAGGCUGCAGUUCAACGAAUUUGUAAAUACUGUGCCCACCAAAGGAUUUAACACCGAGAAAAUUAAGGUAACCUUGGGAAAUUCUAAGACAGUCACUUUUCACUUCUGGGAUGUAGGUGGUCAGGAGAAAUUAAGACCACUGUGGAAGUCAUACACCAGGUGCACGGACGGCAUUGUGUUUGUUGUGGACUCUGUUGAUGUUGAAAGGAUGGAAGAAGCGAAAACCGAACUUCAUAAAAUAACUAGGAUAUCAGAAAACCAAGGAGUCCCUGUACUUAUAGUUGCUAACAAACAAGACCUGAGGAACUCAUUGUCUCUCUCAGAAAUUGAGAAAUUGUUAGCAAUGGGGGAACUGACCUCGUCAACUCCCUGGCAUUUGCAGCCCACCUGUGCAAUCAUAGGCGAUGGACUCAAGGAAGGACUGGAGAAACUACAUGAGAUGAUCAUUAAAAGAAGAAAAAUGCUGCGGCAACAGAAAAAGAAAAGAUGAGUGGUGGUAACCUUUCAUAUCUGUGUGAAGUAGAUUUUCUCUGGUCUGAUUUUGACAAAUGGAAGCCUGGUUUGCCUGCCUGUCCUUCUGGAUGCUGUUAAAGCUUUGUUUUGUUGAACAGUCAGAUGCCCAACUCUGUUGCCUUGUGGAAGAUGAGUAAAUGCAGUGCUUCUUAAAAUGGUCUCUUCUCCCUACCCCACGAAUCUUUUGGUACUGCCAUUUUGGGAAGCCAAGCAAGGAUAGUAAAUUGACCAGAAAACAGUUGUUGAAAUUUGACCUGAAGUUAGAGAAAUAAAACUUUGAAGAAGAAUGUCUGACUAGUGUUUUGUGCUUAUGUUUUCUUGAGGGGCGGGGCGGGGGGGAUGGCUUUGCAAGGAAAUUGCUUACAAGGCUUUUUAUGUAAAGAUAAAAUGCUAAUGGAUGGAAAUGUUAAGGUAGAUUAAUAUAUAUACAGUAAUAUUGGUUAUAUUGGUCCACCUAGUAAGGGACAAACGGAAAUGUUUGUUUUUUUAAGUUUUGGCCAAAUGAAUUUUGAUAUUUUCUGCAGUCAAAUAAUGUAAUGCUGUAUCUUAUUUCUAGACAAUGUUUAAGUUGGUCUAACUUAAAUUAAUAAAGAUGAGCUAUUUGAGGCAUAUUCAAA